AUGUCUCUAUUCUGCCAUAACAAAGGCUGUGGGCAGCACUUUGACCCCAAUGCAAACCUUCCUGAUUCCUGUUGCCAUCACCCUGGGGUCCCAAUCUUCCAUGAUGCACUUAAGGGUUGGUCCUGCUGCCGGAAGCGAACUGCAGAUUUCUCUGAGUUCUUAAACAUCAAGGGCUGUACUGUGGGACCACACUGUGCUGAGAAGCUCCCUGAGCCCCCUCAACCUGAGGGGCCUGCCACAAGCAGUUCACUUCAGGAGCAAAAACCUCUGAAUACGAUUCCAAAGUCAGCAGAGACUUUGCGUCGGGAGAGGCCCAAGUCAGAGUUACCUCCAAAGCUGCUUCCACUAAAUAUAUCCCAAGCCCUGGAAAUGGCAUUGGAACAGAAGGAAUUAGACCAAGAACCUGGAGCAGGACUUGACAGUAGUCUGAUCCGGAGUGGUUCCAGCUGCCAGAAUCCAGGAUGUGAUGCUGUUUACCAAAGCCCUGAGAGUGAUGCUACUCCAUGUACCUACCACCCAGGAGCACCUCGAUUCCAUGAGGGGAUGAAGUCCUGGAGCUGCUGUGGCAUCCAGACCCUGGAUUUUGGGGCAUUCCUGGCACAGCCAGGAUGCAGAGUUGGUAGGCAUGACUGGGGGAAGCAGCUGCCAGCAUCUUGCCGUCAUGAUUGGCACCAGACAGAUUCCUUAGUAGUGGUGACUGUGUAUGGCCAGAUUCCACUUCCUGCGUUCAAUUGGGUGAAGGCCAGUCAAACUGAGCUUCAUGUCCACAUUGUCUUUGAUGGUAACCGUGUGUUCCAAGCACAGAUGAAGCUCUGGGGGGUCAUAAACGUGGAGCAGAGCUCUGUCUCCUUGAUGCCAUCUCGGGUUGAAAUCUCCUUGGUCAAGGCUGACCCAGGAUCCUGGGCCCAGCUGGAGCACCCUGAUGCACUAGCUGAGAAGGCUAAGGCAGGGACUGGGUUAGAGAUGGAUGAGGAAGAAUCUGAGGAUUCAGAUGAUGAUCUGAGCUGGACAGAGGAGGAGGAGGAGGAGGAAGCGAUGGGGGAAUAG